AUGCGUCCACUCUGCAGCCGCUGCACCGCGCUCCCCCCCCAAACCCGCACAUUCACAUCCUCCUGCGUCCGCCUCUCAACCCCGAAAGCAGCAUCAUCAAUCCUCUCGAAGCCCACAUGGUCCGUCGCCUCUCUCCUCCCGCCCUCCUCAAAAGGCGCCGCUGCAGAGGAGUCGACAAGGGAGCCAAUCUCUCGCGCAAAGCUCUAUCACCUCCUUCGCCUGUCCGCCCUACCGCUCCCCGAAUCCGAGGCGGAAGAGACCGCGAUGCUGCGCACACUGCACUCGCAACUACACUUUGUGCGCGAUGUCCAGAGCGUAGAUACUACUGGCGUUGAACCACUUCGUUCACUACGCGACGAGACAACAGAGGGCGUAACAGAAGCAACGAUUGGCUUGCAAGAGCUACAGAAUGCGUUGGGCAAAGAAAUCCCUUUCGGUCACAAGAAACGGCCAAAGAGACUGCGCGGAGAAAAGGUUGAUACCCAGGGAAUUGAGGACUGGAAUACUCUAGAGACCGCGUCGAGGACGGCUGGAAAAUACUUUGUCGUUCAGAGCAGCAAGAAAGAGGAGGCAUGA